AUGGUCCAGACUCUGACUAGAUCCUUGAAGAUGUAUGUCGCAGAUAUAAAUCAGAAGAUCCAUGGAUGGGACGCUCGAUCUACGCUAGAAGCAACAUUACCGCUUGGGAGCACUCGGCGCCGGGACGUAGAGCCACGUCGGUGGAGAUAUAACGUCCAACGACAGUACCACCAGGCACGCAAGCUGGUCAACGAGGCGCUGCACGACGCGAUCGAGGGAAGAGCAGAGCAGUACAAUGAAGAUGUGAGCUCGCAUGACAUAAAGGCAGGAGAUCAAGUGUGGCUAUAUCUGGAUCGAGUUAAGGAAGGCUACGCUCGCAAGCUUGCGCAUAUGUGGCAUAGACCGUUCAGGGUCACGAAGACCGUCGACUGA